UCGCGCUCGCCAAAAGGGUGUUCAUUAUCGUACUUACCGACUGUCUCUGCUGGCUUCCUAUCGUGGUGAUUGGAAUGAGGUCUCUCUUGGAAAAGUCCUUCUCUACACCUGGUGACCUGACUGUCUGGAUAGCAGUGUUUGUUCUCCCGAUAAACUCAGCCAUUAAUCCCAUUUUGUACACGUUCUCUACGCCACAAGUUCGAGGCAUUCUGAAACCAAAAUUUCAACAGUUCUGGACUUUUCUGAUGGGAAAGUGCGGACGGACUGCAAACAAUGAAGUUUGCCAGCCCACUCCUGGUGACCAGCAGGAAGGUGAGCCUGGAGGACAAGGAGAAGCAAAAGAAGAUAAUAAACGGCAUGGACAGAAGGAAGGUAAAUCUGAACAAGGAGGAAAAACAGAAGAUCAUAAAGGCAGUGAAAAGCAGCUCGCUAAAACUGAUCAAAGAAAACCAAGGUUAGACCCUAAAGAAUGCAAAAAGCAGAAAGUUGAACUUGAACAGAGGGAGGAACCAAAAGGGGAUCAUAGGAAAGCUGGAGAGCAGCAGGUUGAGGUUGAAAAAGAAAAAGAGUCCGCGGAAGACCAAGAAGAAUCUAAACAGAAAAUUGAUGAAGACACGGAUGAUGAACUAGCAGAACACGAGCAGCUUAUCAAUGAUAAAGGUUCUGUUGAGUUGAUUGCUCAGCUUCAGCAGAUGCAACUCGAUGCAAGCAAAGUCAGUCACAAGAGAGACCUAAAUUUUGAGUUGAAGAAAAUUGCUUCAGGCAAGGGCCUCAGAAUUGUAGACAAUGAAGGAUCAGGAAAUUGCAUGUUCUAUGCUUUGUCAGAUCAACUGGAAAUGGCUUUAAGAAUCAAAAUCAAGCAUGACGAAUUAAGACAAAUAUUGGUCCAGUACCUCAGAAAAAACCCUAAACUACCGGAUGAAACAAAUCUGUUUCACUUCGUCCAUGGACAUCAAUCAUGGGCUGAUUACUUAAGGUACAUGGAGCAAGAUGGCGCUUGGGGUGACCAUGUUAUUCUAUGUGCCGCAGCAAACUGCUACAAAACUUGCAUUCGUGUGGUCAGCAGUCUUAACGCUGCUCACGAUGUUAUCUUACUGCCACAAUGUCCUGUUGACAAAAGUAGGACACUUCUGUUGGGACACAUCCAUGAAGUACACUAUGUCAGCCUUCAUUUCACACAAGGAGAAGGCGAACCCGACAGCGAUUUCCCAGAUACCACCGGCCGAGAAUCUCCAAGAGCACCGCUGGCCACAUCUGAUGAUGACCACGACCUUGAUGAACCAGCAGAACACGAGAAGCUUAUCACUGAUAAAGACAACCCGGACGACAAUUUCCCAGAGGCCACAGGGCGAGAACCUCCAAGGGCACCAUUAGCCACGUUUGAUGAUGACCACGACCUUGAUGAGUUUGUGGAUAUGCUGCAAGAAACAGUUUUGUGAGCAGCAGCACUGCUUUCUCAAAUCCUUCUCCAGAUGACUACUUAAAGCAAGCCAUUUCCUUUAAGCAGCUUUCUUUAAAUUAUGACUAAAAUUAUAGAGACAUGAAGAAAUAUGGGUGAAACUGUUGUAUUGUUGAAAGCAUAGGUGACAUUGCGGUUCAAGUGGUGUCAGAUGUAGUACGACUCGAGGUGCAUAGAAGUGUUCAGUCCAUUUCUACCGCUCCAAAACGCCCUCUGAGCGGAUUACAUAAAGUAAGAUACUAACUGAUUUUAUUAACAGCAAGGUAAAUUUGUUAAAAAAUUGCUUAUACCUGAAGAUUAGAGAAAAAGCUUAGUGGUUGUGAUACAUCUAUCCAAUCAUCACCUGUUCAAUGCUGUCAGUUAGUGCCUUCGUUGCAAGACAAUGUUUAAGCCAUCGUAUUUACCCCAUUGCAAAUAUAUAGUAAGUGCACAGGUCAGAUAAUGCAUGUGUAUCUGGCUCAUUUAUUUACUCGAAUUUGUUGUUAUCAUCUAAAAUUUGUAGCUGGAAGGAAGCCGAAAGUUUAAAUAACUAUGAUUUAUUACUCACCAUUAGUUAGAUGCUAUAUCUUCACAUUAUUUGGUAGGUGGCUUCUUUGUAUACCAAGGUACAGCCUUUAAUCGUAUUUACCCCAUUGCACCAUAUACUGGGUGCACAGGUCAGAUAAUGCAUGUGUAUCUGCCUCAUCUAUUUACCCGAUGUUGCUCUUAUUCGGUCUUAGCCUUGUAGCUGGAGAAAAGAAAAUGUCUCGGCACUAUUACAUGGUACGCAUUAUGUAUUCUAUGCUAUGUCAGCAUGUUAUUUAUUAGGUGGCUUCGAAGAAUAACCGUGUUAAGUCAUAAAUCGUAUUUACCCUACUGCACGCAUAUACUACUUGCACAGGUCAAAUAAUCCAUGUAUCUGCCUCAUUUAUUUACUCAAACUUGUUGUUAUUAAAAUGAUAUUAGAUUUUGUUAGACAUUUAAGAAUAAA